CGCUUCUGGCUGGCCGGCGGCCAAAGGCGGCUUGCUUGGGUUGCAUCAGACUAGACGCUGCUGCCGCUGCUUGCUGGGUACCAAAAGCUGGACAAGCGAUCUCCUAGAAUUUCAUUUCUCUCUCUCCGCUGGCCAAGAAAUGGUUCGCUCUUGAGGCUGUUUCCAUUAUAAUUAUUCUGGACCGGCUCUCUCAGGCGCAGCGAUGCUCUCCAAAGCCAACCACUUGCUCAGGAAAUUUUCCUCCACCGCCACAGCUUAUUACCAAAAUAAACUAAAGCUAGCUUUGAUAGGCCAGAGCCUUUUUGGGCAAGAGGUCUACAAGCACUUGCAAAAGGAAGGCCACAAAGUUGUGGGAGUGUUCACAGUCCCAGACAAAAAUGGAAAGGCCGACCCUUUGGCAUCAGCUGCAGAAAAGGAUGGAACCCCUGUGUUUAAGUUCCCAAGGUGGAGAGUUAAGGGCAAGCCAAUCGAGGAAGUUAUCGAAGCCUACAAAUCAGUUGGAGCAGAGCUGAACGUCCUUCCGUACUGCACACAGUUCAUUCCCAUGGACGUUAUUGACAGUCCGAAGCAUGGUUCCAUUAUUUACCAUCCAUCAAUCCUUCCCCGUCAUAGAGGUGCUUCUGCAAUCAACUGGACUUUAAUCCAAGGGGAUAAGAAGGCUGGCUUCACCAUUUUCUGGGCUGAUGAUGGUCUGGACACAGGGCCAAUUCUCCUACAGAGGGAAUGUGAUGUUGCCCCAAAUGAUACUGUUGAUGACCUGUACAAUCGGUUUCUUUUCCCAGAAGGAAUAAAAGCUAUGGUAGAAGCUGUACAGUUAAUUGCUGAUGGUAAAGCUCCUCAUAUAACUCAGCCUGAAGAAGGGGCAACGUAUGAAGGCAUUCAGAAGAAAGAAAAUGCAGAGAUUUCUUGGGAUCAACCAGCUGCAGCUUUGCACAACUGGAUCAGAGGGCAUGAUAAAGUACCUGGAGCUUGGGCAAUGAUUGAUGACAAGAUGGUUACUUUCUAUGGGUCAUCAUUACUUCAUGGUUCACCACCUCUGGGUGAAGAACUGGCAAUAAAAGGUGCUGCAAAACCUGGUCUUGUAACGCAGAAUGGGCUGGUUCUCUUUGGCAAUGAUGGAAAGAUGUUGCUGGUAAGAAAUCUACAGUUUGAAGAUGGAAGAAUGAUACCAGCAUUUAAAUACUUCUCCGCUGAUAAGCUGUCUGCCAUAGAACUUACUGAAGAAGAGAAAGAGAUGGCAGAAAAUAUCAAGUCCAUUUGGAAGGGAAUUUUGAGCAACGUGGCUGUAAUUGAGGAUACCACGGACUUCUUUAAAUCUGGAGCUUCUUCUAUGGAUGUUGUUAGGAUGAUUGAAGAGAUUAAGCAAAAAUGUGGUGAACUUGAGCUACAGAAUGAAGAUGUCUAUAUGGCGCCCAAGUUUGGAGAGUUCAUCCAAAUGGUUGUCAGAAAGCACAGGGGAGAAGACAAGGAGGAAGAAUUAGUAGUUGAUUAUGUUUCAAAAGAUGUCAACCGUAUGACUGUGAAGAUGCCAUAUCAGUGUUUUAUUAAUGGGCAGUUUGUGAAUGCUGAAGACGGGGGAACAUAUGACUCUAUAAAUCCAACCGAUGGAUCUGUGAUUGCCAAAGUGUCGCUGGCUACAGCGGCCGAUGUUGACAAAGCAGUUGCGGCAGCGAAGAAUGCCUUUGAGCAUGGUGAGUGGGGAAAGAUGAAUGCAAGAGACAGAGGGAGAAUAUUGUACAGACUUGCAGAUUUGAUGGAAGAACACCAAGAGGAACUGGCAACCAUUGAAGCUAUUGAUUCAGGAGCUGUUUACACACUGGCUUUGAAGACCCACAUUGGAAUGUCAGUGCAAACAUUCCGAUACUUUGCUGGAUGGUGUGACAAAAUACAGGGGUCUACCAUUCCAAUUAACCAUGCACGGCCAAACCAUAACUUAACUUUCACCAAGAAGGAACCAUUAGGUGUCUGUGGAAUUGUCAUUCCCUGGAACUACCCUCUGAUGAUGCUCGCGUGGAAGAGUGCGGUGUGUUUGGCUGCUGGCAACACUUUAGUUCUGAAACCAGCACAGGUAACUCCACUGACUGCCUUAAAGUUUGCAGAGCUCUCUGUGAAAGCAGGAUUUCCCAAAGGCGUUAUCAAUAUUGUACCUGGUUCAGGUUCAACAGGGCAACGCUUGUCCGAUCACCCAGACAUUCGUAAACUUGGGUUCACUGGCUCAACACCAACUGGGAAACAAAUCAUGAAGAGCUGCGCUGUCAGCAAUCUGAAGAAGGUUUCUUUGGAACUGGGCGGAAAAUCCCCACUGAUUAUAUUCAACGACUGUGAACUUGACAAAGCUGUGAGAAUGGGCAUGGGAGCCGUUUUCUUCAACAAAGGAGAGAACUGCAUUGCAGCCGGCAGACUUUUUGUGGAAGAAUCAGUCCAUGACGAAUUUGUUAGGAGAGUGGUGGAAGAAGCCAAAAAGAUGAAAAUUGGUGACCCACUUGACAGAUCUACAGACCAUGGUCCACAAAACCAUAAAGGACAUUUGGAUAAGCUUCUGAAAUAUUGUGAAACUGGCGUGAAAGAAGGGGCUACUCUGGUAUAUGGAGGAAGACAAGUAGGUAGACCAGGCUUCUUCAUGGAACCUACCAUAUUCACAGAUGUUGAAGACCAUAUGUUCAUUGCACAAGAAGAGUCUUUUGGUCCUAUAAUGGUCAUUUCCAAGUUCCAAGAUGGGGAUGUUGAUGGGGUGUUGGAACGAGCCAACCGGACCGAAUAUGGCUUGGCUUCAGGGGUCUUCACCAAAGACAUAAGCAAAGCUCUCUAUGUCAGCGAUAGGCUGGAAGCUGGAACAGUUUUCAUCAACACCUAUAACAAAACUGAUGUGGCCGCCCCAUUUGGAGGAUUCAAGCAGUCUGGCUUUGGAAAAGAUUUAGGUGAGGAAGCGCUUCAUGAGUAUCUCAGAACGAAAGCUGUAACCGUGGAAUAUUAAGCAUCGCGACUGGGGUGGCAGAGUGUUCUUAAAACCAAGCACAAGACAGGACUCCAAAAUUACAACAGCAAAACCAUGAACUUCCACUGGCACUUAAAAAACGCAGAGCCAGAACCAAACCCUUUUAUGAUGUGGAUCCUCCAGCAGAGUUCCGCAUGCAUUCUGUAGGGAAUCAGUUCUGAGUCAUAGGCUUCACUGUGAAAUUAUCGGCUUCUGCAGCUUUUUUGUACCGUGGUCUCCGCUACCCUGAAUGUCAUCACCUAUAAAAGCAACUGAACCAUCCAGUGGUGACAGAUCGAAACCUCAGAUCCCUGGACUUUACAAUGGAGAUCUUGCUCAAGUGAAAAGCAACAGGCGUAGGAAACUACCUUAUGCUGAGCCACAGCAUUAGUUCAUCUAGCUCAGUAUUGUGUCUUGACUGGCAGCAGCUCUCAAGAGUUUUGGACAGGUGUUCCCAGUUUGACCUGGGGUUGAACCUGGGACCUUAUGCAUACAAAUCGAACGCUCUACCACUGAGCUAUGGCCUUCUUCAGCGCUGUAUGUCCCUUGUUUCUCCAAAUUAGUCACACAGUACUUAGUUUCUACAGAAUGCAUCACACCAGCAUUAUGCCUCUUUUCUUCCUGCAAUGCAAGUUUUUAAGCAGCACAGAGAACCAAUUUGCCAUAAACAUUGUACAUAAAUCCAAGUGCACUUACUAUGUUUUUUGUAUGAUAUGCAGAACUUAACGUCUGUGUUCUACUAUGCAUAUGAAAGCUAUAGCAACUAUUUUAUAAUGUGUUUACAUUUCCUCCAAUGAGAAAUCUACAUAGUUGUGAAUUCCAAUUAUGCUAUUAAAUCAUAUUUGUGCUGAA